UGUAUGUGUGUUAUGCAGUUGUGAGCAUGCAAGACAACGAUCGUCACCGAAACGAGGAUUCAAGGAGAACAUGGACAAAUCGACAUCUCUUUUCCAAAUGCACUUUAUAUUUAUUCAUCUUUAGUCUGGAACUGAAGAGGAGCGCUGCGGCUCCGGCGGACUCUGACUUGUUUUCUUUCUUCCAUGAGGGGGCUCAGGGGUGCCUGGGGGUGCGGGAUCACUCCCUCUACCUGUCGGCCUCCUGCGAGGAAGAUGCCCAGCGCUGGAAGUGGGUGACCCGGAGUCGCCUCUUCAACCUGGGCUCCUCGCUGUGCCUGGGCAUAUCCACAGGCAACUCCAGUGCAGGGAAGUCUCCGCUGGCAGUGUACACCUGCGACCGCGAGCCUCCCAAAGUGCGCUGGAGCUGGUACUGUGGCCAGGUGCUGGAGACCCUCAACACCUACCUGCGCUCGCCCUCGCCGCCGGCCUCUGCCAACGCCUCCUCACACUCCUCUGCUGUCAAGCCCCCAGCAGAGGGGCUCAAGUGGAGACUAUAUGGCGAUGAGCAGGACCUGUGCUCUAAGACAUACCGCGAGAUCUACACGAUCCAGGGCAACUCUCACGGCUGGCCCUGCUACCUGCCCUUCUUGUACGACGGCCAGUGGUUCCACAGCUGCACCAGCAUCGGGCGCGAGGAUGGUCAUCUGUGGUGUGCCACCACCUACGACUAUGGCAAGGACGAGCGCUGGGGCUUCUGUCCUGUCAAGAGCAAUGAUUGUGAGACUUUCUGGGACACCGACCGGCUGACAGACAGCUGUUACCAGUUUAACUUCCAGGCUACGCUGUCAUGGAGCGAGGCUCGCAUCAGUUGCCAGCAGCAGGGGGCAGACCUGCUAAGUAUCACCAAGCUGCAUGAGCAGACCUACAUCAAUGGUUUACUGACCGGCUACAGCGCUGCUCUGUGGAUCGGCCUGAACGACCUGGGCAUGGAAGGAGGCUGGCAGUGGGCCGACUCCUCGCCACUCAAGUAUCUGAACUGGGAGCCAGACCAGCCUAGUCAUGCUGAGGAGGAGAACUGUGCUGUGAUCAGAACUGAGUCAUCAGGUCGCUGGCAAAACCGAGACUGUUCUGUAGCUCUGCCAUACAUCUGCAAAAAGAGGCCCAAUGCCACCCUGGACCCCUUCACCACCGACUCAUGGGCAGACGAUGAGAAGUAUGACUGUGACGUGGGUUGGCAGGCUUUCCAGGCGGGCUGCUACAAGCUGACGUCAGAGAAGACUGACUGGGAUACGGCUCAGAAAACCUGCCAGAAGAUGGAGGCCAACCUGGUCAGCAUCCACACCCUGCCUGAGCUCGAGUUCAUCACACGCAACCUGAAAAAAGACAUCGAGGAGCUGUGGAUAGGCCUCCAUGACACUGAUAUGCAAAUGGACUUCCAAUGGACCGACCACACGCCCGUCAUCUUCACCUACUGGCACCCGUUUGAACCCAACAACUUCCGCAACACGCAAGAGGACUGCGUCACCAUCUGGGGACCCGACGGCCGCUGGAAUGACAGCCCUUGUAACCUGACUCUGCCCUCCAUCUGCAAGAAACCAGGAACAAAGAGUGAUGGGAAGCCACAGCACAAAGAGUGCAAACAAGGCUGGAAGUGGCACAGUCCAGCUUGUUACUGGGUGGGAGAGGAUGUGCUCACCUUUGAUGAGGCCAAGAAAGCCUGCGAGGACAGUGGAGCUGCCCUUGUUACCAUUACCAAUAGGUUUGAACAGGCCUUUGCCAACAGCCUGGUGUUCGGGCGAUCAGGAGAUUCCUUCUGGAUCGGCCUCCGUGACAAAGGCAGCUCCGGCACUUUCCACUGGCUCAGCGGGGACGAGGUAUCCUACACCAACUGGAACCGAGAUCAGCCAGUCAGCAUCAAUGGCAGCUGCGUCUCCAUGGCGACGGGCUUUGCAACAGGUCUGUGGGAGGUGAAAGAGUGUGCGUCAGCGCGGGCCAAAUUCAUAUGCCGCCAGACCCAGGACACGUCUCUGAGUCCGGAGCCCCCCGUCCCGCAGCCCACGCCCAGCCUGUCCGGCUCCUGUCCCAGCGGCUGGAAGAGCAACAACGAGCUGCGCUACUGUUACAAGGUGUUUCACUGGUCCCAGCUGGACCAGAAGCUGAGCUGGCUGCAGGCGCACCUGUUCUGCCAAAGACAUGGAGCCAACCUGCUGAGCAUCGGCGGCCCGGAGGAGGAGCAGUUCGUCCUGCAGAUCCUCCACGAGACCUUUGGGGAAUCAGAGGACCACGAGCAGCACUGGUUUUGGAUUGGGCUGAACCGCAGGAACCCCAUGGACAACGGCAGCUGGAAGUGGAGCGAUGGACUGGCUUACACGUACCAGAACUUCGGCCGUUACUACUACAACAUCCGGCAGUGUGCUGCAGCAGAUCUGGGCACUAUGACCUGGCUGGCCAUGCACUGUGACUCUGAGUUAGACUGGAUCUGCAAAAUCCCCAGAGGCAGUGUUGAGAAAGAGCCAGAGACCACGGAAGGUAACAGCGCUCCGGAGUGGGUCGCCUUCCAGGAGGCGGAGUAUAAGUUCUUCGACCACCGCACCACGUGGGACCAGGCCCAGAGGAUCUGCUCCUGGUUUGACGGCGCUCUGGCCUCCGUCCACUCUGCUGAGGAGGAGGCCUUCAUCGCCAACACUUUACGCAAGAUGAACAAGGUGGAGGGUGACAACUGGUGGCUGGGGCUUCACACCUACGAAAGCAACGGGCGUUUCCGGUGGUCGGAUCACUCUGUGCUCAACUACAUAUCCUGGGCUCUGGGGAGGCCGCACCCGCUGAGCCGGGACCGCAGAUGUAUCUACAUGUCUGCCAGCAAAGCUGAGUGGUCGGAUCAGAAGUGCCACUCGGACCUGCCGUACAUCUGUAAGAGAGUGAACGUCACAGGCACCAUUCCCCCGACUCCAUCAUCCCCUGUCCCCCCAUCAGGCUGCCCUGACGGCUGGUCCUCUUACCAGCAUAAGUGUUUCAAAGUUUUUGGAGAGGAGGAGUCAAACCGGGCCACGUGGUCGGCAGCCAAGCUGAUAUGCGAGGCAAAGGGAGGCGUCCUGGCUGUGGUGCCCAACUAUUUGGAGCAAGCCUUUGUCACAACCCUGCUGUACAAUGUCAGUGUUGACCUCUGGGUGGGUCUGACCUCAGACUCUAAAGGUCAUUUCCAGUGGGCGCAGCCCGGCCUGCUCAGCUACACCAACUGGGCUCCUGGAGAACCACUGGACAACAGUGGGCCGCUCCACAACAAGAACCCGGGAAACUGUGUGGUGCUGAUUCAUGGGAACCCGCAGAAGAACACGGGCAUGUGGGCGUCCCGAGCCUGUGAGAUGGAGAAGCAUGGCUUUCUCUGUCAGAGGAAACAAGACCCACGUCUCCCUCCAGCCCCUGCACUCAUUCCCUCCUCCCUCUCAAAGCCUGUGGAUUUGGGUACAGCGACAUACCGGGUGGUGGAGAAGCGUCUGGACUGGACAGGUGCUCUGCACAUGUGUGAGUCUCUGAACGGGACUCUGGCCACGGUGAAGGAUCCCUACCAGCAGGCCUACCUCACCCUGCUGAUCAGCAGCCUCCGGCGGCCGGCCUGGAUCGCUCUCUACAACUAUGGAGGACGGAGCUUCACCUGGUUGGGUGAGGAGGACGUGGCGUAUUCUGACUGGAAAGACGGGGAGCCCAAUCAGAUGGCGGGAUGUGGCCACAUGACCACCACUGGACAGUGGACUAUGACUCCCUGUGAUGCUAAACUGGAUGCUGCUAUCUGUCAAAUUAGUACCGAGCCUGUGGUUCACCAGUGGAGCUAUCCCGGGCAGUGCCCCCACACGCUGGGACAGUGGGCAUGGGUGCCUUUCAGAAACCACUGCUACACCUUCAACCUGCAAAGUCUUAAGCUGCAGCAGGAUGCACACGCGUCCUGCAAGAAAGUGGGAGCUGAGCUUCUCUCUGUCUUGGAUGAGACAGAGAAUGGAUUUGUAUGGGAGCACAUCCAGAGCUAUGCAGAGCAGGCACAUGGUGCUUGGCUUGGCAUCACCUUGAAAGGCAGCAGUCUAAUGUGGAGCGAGGACACGGAGAUGUCGUACACCAACUGGGAGGCGCAGGACACCGUCCUCAGCAUGCUGUCAGCCAACACCUGCUUCUGGAUCCAGAGCAACACUGGCCUGUGGAAGCCGGGCUCCUGCAGAAACCGAACACACGGAGUCAUCUGCAAGCGGCCGCGCAGUACUGAGAACCCAGUAGUAACUUUGGAUGCAGACCACCUCCCCACGCUGAUCGUUGUCAUGGUGACGGGCCUGGUUCUGGUGGUGCUGAUCGUCGGGGUGAUCUACCUGUACCGCCGGCGAGGAAUCGGGUCCCGGGGGUCCUACGAGGGGGCCCGCUACAGCCGCACCAACUCCAACCCCGCCGAGCAGGCCGAGAAGAACAUCCUGGUGUCCGACAUGGAGCUGAACGAGCAGCCAGAGUAGCGGAGCCGCCACGGACGGACCGGCCCGGGAGAGGCCGCCUCCAGUGUGCUGACUCAGAUUCUGAUACACAUUGUGUGGCAUUUAUAAUUUUUUUUUUUUUUUUUGUUGUCCCGUUUUUAUAAAAAGAAAAAAAAAAAAAAGAUUUUUAAAAUGCUGAAGGGCUGUGUAGAGCACAGCAGAUGUCAAUCUAAUUUUUAAAAAUGAAGCCCCUCCCCUCUCGAUCCCCUCAAGGCUCGACAGUUCCAGCACACUCUAUCAAGACCAAUGAGAUCGCACCAUUUAGACAGCCGUUCCUCAAAACCCUUUCCCUCACGGAUCUAAUGGGAAUUUUGCUGGUUGCAGCUGGACAAGUGUGUUAUGAAAUCAGUGUUAUGAAAUGGAUUGCGCCCAGCUGGCUGCCAUCGUGCCAAAGUGAAUUUUUGUGUGCGGUGUUUACUCUCUUGUUCCCUUUUGAUCGACAGGUCUAAUAGUAUUGGUAUAGAUAUCAAAAAGCACCGAUCACAACAUUUGUCAUUGUCUGUUUCAUCUGAACAUCCACACAAAUUCCUUAAGGAUCAAAUUCUACUCUUGUUUUUUUUUUCUUUUCUUUCUUUUUUUUUUUUUUUUUCUUUUGUGCCAUGACAGUAUUUACAUGAACUUGAGGUGUGUUCACUCAUUCGCUCAUUCACUCCUAUUGAUAAUAAUUCAUUUUUCGGUAUCCAUGCAGCUGUAGAGAACUCUGUCUUUAAUGAUGAUGCAUGUGUAGGUUUUUUUUUUUUUUUUUUUUUUUUUUUUUGCAAGUCUGCCUCUCUCCUCCUUUCUGAUCUGACACGUCAGCACCAGCUGUCUGAGAGGCAGAAGAAGAGGAAGAAGUCCAAAUGUGAAUGUGUGCAAAGGCGACAGGGACCAUUUUUAGUGGUGACCUCAAAACCUCCAAGGACUACAAUGGCAAAGUAGUGGCAUACAUAAGUAGGACUUGGGAUUGAAAGCUGUUCUUUAAAUAGACUAUUGCCAUUGUCUUUUUGGUACAGCUGGACUGGAGAUUGUCACCAAAUGAUCAGACAUUCAGCUUCCACGGCUCUGUGUAUGUUUCAGCACUUUCUACUAUUUACCUUGAGCUAACUCAACUUUUAUCUGGCGAAAAUUACUCACUUGUUUUUAGUCAUUAUCCAUAAGGUACAAGUAUUGCUUUCUAUUAUUCCUAAGUCUGUUUGUUUUGGCUCUCUGUGCCACUGUCGGGACCUGAAUCAGCAUUUUUUUAAGAACAGUCAUUCGCCCGAUUGCCUGAUGCAUCAUGAAAAGGGUCAGCAAUUCAAUAUUAGUCUGAAUCAUCAUUUUUAUGGACAAGUAUUCACUUGUCUGUAUGCAUUAUUACUAGGUACUUUUGUCUUUUGUCUUUUGAAAUGAUGCAGGUUUCAUUUUGUGUUUGGCUGGUAAAGAUAUGUGGAAAUUGUCCUUUUUUUCUACGGGAUAUUCACCAACAGUUGAACCUCGUUGUCCCACAGAGAGACAUCUCAUCUCAUAUAUAUAUAUAUAUAUAUAUAUAUAUAUAUAUAUAUAUAUAUGAGAUGCAAAGAAUGCUUUAAAAGUGACUUCACACCAUCUUUACACGAAAACCCCCGUACGUCCUUGUUUCAUUUCAGAUUUCACAUUUUAUUUGAGGGGGAGAGGAGCACGGGCAGCGUAGUGACCUGAUUCCAGACGGAGAAAAAAGUUGAUUUUCCUCCUCCUCCUCUUCAAACAUUCCUUGUCCCUCCAUUCCUGCCUGUGAGUGGAUUUCUGUAUUCCUGCUCAGAGGAAUGCUUUGGAGCCGUUUCAGUCUGAGGCUUUUGGUGUUUCACUGAGCUCCUGUGAAAGAAAGAAAAAAAAAACACAGUUUUUUGUGCUCUGCGAGUUGGACUGAGAUAGAGGAGGGGGGGAGGGAGGAGGAGAAGGAGUAGGAGCAUGUGUGUGUGUGUGUGUGUGUGUGUGUGUGUGUUCGUGAGUGUGUGUGUGUGUCCGUGUGUGUGUGCAGUCUCCAGCUGUGGAAUGUUGAGUCGGCAAGAAGAGCUCAGUGGCACGUCUGGAACCAAUCAGAGAGAAGGAGGGCUUAGGGCCAUGAGGGGUUAGGAAGAAAAUUGGAGAAAAAAAAAGAAAAAAAACUCGAUGGAGAAAAAGGGAAAAAAGAGAUUGAGGAGGGGUCAGGGAGGUAGGAAGAGUUUGUGGGGGGGUGGUUUUUAGGAAGAGCGAGGGAGGGAGGAGUGUUAGGGGAGCGGUGUCCCGUCCUAUGGGCUCACCCCGUCCUCUGCUGGUGGUUCACUGCACCUGCCUCCCUCUGCACCCGGUGGAUGCAAGCUGAAUGUGAGCUGGUGUGUGACGGUGUGACGGCCCUGGUGUUUGUCCCCAUGAGGUCAUGUCUGUGAUGUGGGGCUGGCUCUUGUCCCCCUGUGAAGAUUAGCUGAAGCACCUGUUCAACCUUUGAAAGUGUUUGUGUCGUUUUUAUAUGAAAUAAAUAAG